CUUAGCGCUCGAUUCUUGUGCAGACAGCGCGGGCAUAAUGGGAUGUGCCGUUUCCUGAUGGACAUGAGAGCCAGAGCGGACAGCGGUCGUGUCUAGCUGAAGAGGCAGACUAUUUCCCUUGCCAGCCCUGCUGCUGUGAACAGACUGCUUCCAAUUCGCCUUUAUACAUCACCUACAACAUGUCGUCCGCUAGAUUCGACUCGUCGGACCGCUCUAGUUGGUACUUCGGGCCGGUGUCGCGACAAGAAGCUCUAUCACGGCUGCAGGGCCAGCGCCACGGAGUCUUUCUAGUGCGGGACUCGUCCACUUGCCCCGGCGAUCACGUGUUGUCCGUGUCUGAGAACUCGCGGGUCUCUCACUACAUCAUCAACUCGCUUUCUGGCCGGAGGUACAAGAUCGGGGACCAGGAGUUCGAUAACCUACCGGCUCUGCUCGACUUCUACAAGAUCCACUACCUCGACACCACCACUCUGAUCGAGCCCGCGCCCAGGUAUCCAAGCCUACCUGUAGGGACUGGCACAGCUCCCAGUGUCCCUGUGACAGAAGAAAACCUGGAAUAUGUUCGGACUCUUUAUGACUUCCCUGGGAAUGAUGCUGAGGACUUGCCUUUUAAGAAAGGCGAGAUUUUAGUUAUUGUAGAGAAGCCAGAGGAACAAUGGUGGAGUGCCCGGAACAAAGAUGGCCGGCUUGGCAUGAUCCCAGUUCCUUAUGUGGAGAAGCUAUCCCGUCUUUCCCUUCAUGGUAAAACGGGCAACAGAAAUUCAAACAGCUAUGGAAUUCCUGAGCCUGCCCAUGCUUAUGCUCAACCUCAGACCCCCAGUCCCCUACCUGCCUCAUCCACCCCUCCUGCAGUCAUAAACCCUUUACCAUCAACACAGAAUGGACCUGUCUAUGCUAAAGCAAUUCAAAAACGAGUGCCAUGUGCUUAUGACAAGACGGCACUAGCACUGGAGGUAGGGGACCUGGUGAAAGUGACCCGCAUGAAUAUUAACGGUCAGUGGGAAGGAGAGGUGAACGGUCGGAAAGGGUUAUUUCCCUUCACACACGUCAAAAUAAUUGACCCGCAGAACCCGGAUGAAAAUGAGUGACCAGCGAUCCGUCCCUUCCUGCUUCUCCCUCCAAUCUCUUCACCUCUUUCCGGAUGCCCUGAAAUUUCCCGGAUUUCCUUCAACUUUGUUUUCUCGCCAGCCUUAUCGGACACUUCAGAAAAUAACACACGGCAGAGUUCACCUCCUGACGCAUGUAACAUAGCGUGUUUGUCCCUAAUGCAAAGCUGCUUACCAUGUGCAGAAGGCACGGAACAAGUUUGAGACUCCAGAUCCCGCUCCUCUGCUAUUGGGAGAACAAUAACAAACACUCAGAUUCAUUUUCUCGAACAAAUUCACAUCAUGGCUGAAUACAUUCUAAAGUCUGCCCCCCCCCCACAUACACACACCGUACACAAGCAAAACCAAGACUUGUAGCCUCUCACUGCUCCAACAACCAAGGAUUUUUAUUUUCUAUAAGGAGACAAUGGGGUGUGGCAGGAAAUGGCUUGUUUUACUCAAUAGAAAAAACUAUAAGCCGAGGACUUUACAAGGUGAAGUCAUAUUAAUGGUGGAUCUGUGUAAUGUACACUGAAUGAUGAUGCCUUCUAUAUGCUACAAAGCUGUGAGUGCUGAGGGUGAACCUACACUGAGUGGAUUUACAGCAUGCAUUGUCCAUUAACCCUUUUGUUCCAGUGCCAACACAAACACGCUGAAGCCAAACCUAAAGUCAUUGGAAAAAUACUGUGUUUUUGUUUUUUUAGUGAAUAAUGAAAGUGUAUUGUAAUGGGCAAACCUGCAUCAGGUAUUUCACUGAAGGAAGCUGCCAAGCAUGAAACUUGUUCACUAACUUAUCAUUUGCCACCUUUAGGGCCAGCUAUUUGUGCUCCAUGGUUCUAUUGAAAUCUGCUUUCUUAGCCCUAUUGCUUGCAGGCCAAUACAAGCGCUUCUUUCCAGCAGCUCAUUUAAUGAGCCUUCACUGGGGUUUAUCACUUUCUCUGUUCAGUUAGUGAGUGGAAUUGGAUGCGCUUCUCGUUUACCAAUCAAGCACUUUUAUCGUAGGCUUGUAGUCCAAGAGCAGAUCACUCACAUGGUGUCCUCUAGAACAUCCACUGCAGUAGUUCUUCAGCAGCCGGUGGAGGGAAUAAAGUAGAAGAGCCCUAUAUUUAUUGAAAUGGAUCGUGUAUGGUGCCACUUAAUAUCAGCCAUGCUUUGCACGGCUCAUCCCUUCAGCAGUAUCUGUUUCCCAGAUCCCACCAGUCUGCCCCAAAUCCUGCACAAGAGCAAAGCCCUGUAUGUAAUGAGCUGAACGCUGCCCAGGCCUGAGGGUGAGAUUAGAGGCUUCUGUUCUGCCGCCAUCAUUUUGGUUGGAGGAGAUGGGCAGAUUUUAAAAUGAAAUCUGUAGUUUUGGGGCACCUUCCUAUGGCAGGUUGUCUCAUUUUAUUUUUGUAAAGGGACGACAAAUACAUUUGUGCCAUUUUGUUUGCUUGUAAAUUGUAAUUUUAUAUUGUAUUUCCUUUCUGGGAUCGUGUGUCUGGGUUGCUUUUCUGAUCCAGUGUAAUUAACAUUUAACUGUAAAUUUCCAAUCCAUCGAUGCUCAGUCUGCAGGCGCCUUUUUUUUUUUAUGUUCCUGAUUUUUUAGAGACCAGCGUGGGCGUGGAUUUCACCAUUAGAACACAUACAAUAUCUUAGAUAUGUAACCUUUUAACUUUUUGUUUUUCUGAGGGGGGGGGGAAAUCAUAGCUUUGAGUUUUAUUUUUUGUGCUGUAAAAUUAACAGUAUUAAAUGACUUAUAUUCUUAGA